AUGUCUGCUAAACUCAUAGUUACAUUGUUUUACGUGCAGUAUAUAUUUAUAACGAAUUGCCAAGAAGUUGCGAAGUUCUUCCGCAAAGACUACGACUACAUUGAUAGCACAAAGUCUUUUUACAAAAUCCAUACCAUACAUCGAACUUGGGAAGAUGCUAAGGAAAUGUGUGACUUCGAAGGGACCACGUUGUUUUAUCCAUACGAUGAAGAUGAAGCCAGAGCAGUCAUAAAUUACUGGAACCAGACGCAACCGUUUUCGUGGAUAUUUAUAGGUGUAUCGACACCCAAUGUUAGGGAAGUUUUUGAAACGGUAGACGGUUUAUCUAUAUCUCAAGUAUAUGACGCUUGGGGCCGGGGGGAACCUAACAACGCCGGCGGGAUCGAAGGUUGUGUAGUUUUGAGAAAGGACGGCACUCUCAAUGAUGAUCAGUGUACCAAAAAAUUGCCAUUCAUUUGUAAGAAAACGUUAAGUACUUUGGAAUGGAACAUGCUCUGUGAUUUACCUGAUAUGGGAUACGAAUACAAUGAACUAGGGAGAUGCUAUAAAUUCCACUUAAACCCUCGCAGUUGGCACGACGCCUUUAGAAUCUGUGAUGCAGAACAAUCGUAUCUCGCAAUAAUAAAUUCAGAUGCAGAAGCAAAUGUUUUGGUUAAUAUCACAAAAAACACUCCAAAGGACGACGUCGAAGACACAAAUUACCUGAAUGGAGCCGUUCAUUUAGGAUUUAAAUUUAAUCACAUUUGGAAAACAAUCAAACAUGAAUCGUUAAGACGGAGCGGGUAUACCAAAUGGGGAGUGGGUCAGCCGGAUGGAAAGGGUAAAGAAACAUGUGGCUCGAUGUUCUUCAAUGGAAAACUGAAUGACAUAUCCUGUGACCAAAGAUGUUUCUUUAUUUGUGAACACGAACCCGCCAUCUUAACGACGGAAUACGACUUCAGGUUUGGUCGCCCUAAUUAG